AUGGAGCGCAGAGAGACAGUGUGCCGUUACUGUGGGGUAAGCUACUUGGUUUUCCAUGAGUUUCAUCAGCUUCGCACUCAGCUUUCUCAGUUAGAGUCCGAGCUCAAGCAAGUGAAGGAGACUGCCCAGAAGGAGAAGGCCCAGUAUGAUGCACUGGAACUCAACAGGCUGGAGUGGGAGAAGGAGCUUCAGUUGCAGAUGAAGAAAAAAGCUGAUGUAAGGGAGAAAAUGGUCAGAGAAGAGCUUGAAAAAAGGAACCAGGCCAUGACGAAAGCUCUGAAAGAAGAGUUUGAAGCAAAAUCUGAGAGAAUAAGGAAGGAGAUGGAAGAGGGCUGUCAGAAAAUCACAGAAGAGAGGGAAAUACAACUUAGAAGGGAGCUGGGAGAGUUGGCAGUGGAAGAACUGAGAAAGCAGAGGGAAGAGCUGGGAAAGAGUGCUGAGGAGAGAUAUAGUGUUUUGGGCACUGACCUUCAGAAGGCCAAAGAAACUUCAGAGGACCUGAGAAAAAACAUCCAUCAGUUGAAAAACAGGCUGGAGAAGACAGCUGACCUGAAGAAUGAGAUAGAGGAGAAGCUUGUAAAAGAGAAGCAGCACGUUAGAGCACUCAGGGGUGUGGUUGUGCGGCAGCAACAGAUCCUCCGGACAACUUUGACCGUGCUUCGCUUCUGUGGCAGCGUGUUCACAGAUGUACUGGGUUUCCUCCAUCAGCUGACUGGGGCUUGCCAGGCUUUCGGGUCUCAGGUUUUGCUGCAUUGCAAACAGGUGUUCUCAGCGCUGGAUGGGGAGCUCCGGGAUUCCACUGUGGAGCUCGAGAAAAUGAAAGAGGAGAAAGAACACCUAACUCAGCAGCUGAUGUAA